GUCUAAAUAUAGCCAACUAUUAAUAGAUAUCCUAACAGACUGGGCUUUACAUGUUCUCUGCCCUGACAACACCACACAACUCUGUGAGGCGACUGAGAGGAAGCCUUCUCUGCUGUCCGGUUGUGUACUGUAAUCUCAAACAGCAUGGGGGACUUCCAGCCGUUUGAGCAGGACUUCUACCAGACUGGAUAUUACAUAGAUGACCAGGGUCAUGCAGUGGCCUGCUAUGAUUCCUACAGUUCAACAGGCCCUGCUUAUUAUGAUGAGGGAACAAAGGCUUUCAUGCCAGGUGUUUUGGAUCCUUCCAUGGAGCAGCAGUACACUGGAAAGUUCUACCAACCUUCAAUGUCUUCUGGGACUGAGGAAACAGAAAGCACAGAAAGAUAUUAUACUGAAGAGGAGCCUCCUCUUCUUGAGGAAUUAGGCAUCAAUUUAGACCAUAUCUGGCAGAAGGCACUGACGGUGUUGAACCCUUUUAAGCCUGCAGAUGGCAGCAUUAUGAAUGAGACAGAUCUGACAGGUCCUAUCAUCUUCUGCAUUGCAUUGGGGGUCACUUUAAUGAUGGCAGGUAAAGCACACUUUGGUUAUGUGUAUGGGACCAGUGCUAUAGCCUGUAUCGGGAUGUACAUUCUACUGAGUCUGAUGAGUUCCAUGUCAGUGUCUUACGGCUGUGUGGCCAGUGUCCUGGGCUACUGCCUCCUGCCCAUGGUGGCCCUCUCUGCAUUUGCUGUCUUCUACUCUCUGCAGGGUGUCCUGGGUACAGUUCUGGCCUUAUUAGGGAUUUGUUGGUGUAGUUUUUCUGCCUCCAAGAUCUUCAUCUCCACCCUAGCUAUGGAGGGCCAGCAGCUGUUAGUCGCUUACCCUUGUGCCCUGCUCUAUGGACUUUUUGCAUUGCUCACUGUAUUUUAACUAUCACCAGAUUUGUUUAGGGAAAGGGAAUUUGGCGGAAGAUUGCAUGUUAAAAGGCCUCAGCUCUAGCCUGAAUCUCUAAAAUCAGUCAGAACCAAGUUAUUUUGCACAUUAGCUCUAGGGUCUGUAAAGAAAGCUGAAAAGUGUUUUUGCAGUAUGGUUUCUAGGCUAUAUGGUUUCAUGAUAAAUGAUUACAUCUUUAUUAGAUUUAUUUUAUCAUUUCAUUGUGCUGUAUGUAACACUUACAUGGUCAGUAUUUGACUGAGACAGUAUCUUAUGAUUUAAAAUAAUACAAGGCACUUAGGAUGGUCUGCAUGUAAUUUAUUCUGUACUUAGACUUUAAUGAAUAGAGAUAUGAAAGACUUUACCUGGUUUCACUAUGUGGGGUUCUCUAGUUGUUCUGUCUUAAGUCCUUCUAAAUUAUUCUUCUUUUUAUUAUAAGUGUUUUCUUUUUACCUGCUACACCAAAUUACUAUGAAGAAGGAAACAUGCAUCUACUAAUGCUUGUGACAGUGUGGGAUGUAAACAACAAUGGUGUCCUCAUUGACUGAGCUUAAUAAGCUAGUCUCUCAUCCACGCAAAGACACAUGUGUGGUGAUACUGACAGAAUAAAAUAAAUAAGAUGAAGAAUAUGUGCUUUUGUACAGUCCCUUUAAUUGCUCUCUUACAGUAAUAGCCUAGGUUUUGAAUCAUAGCUGACAACUGUAAGAGACUGGAAAGCAAAUUUUGCCACUGAGAGUUCCAUUGUGAUUAUCAUCAAGAAAGGACAAAAGGUAAAAGCUGAGCAAAACGAGGCCACCUUCAACAGGAGUAGGUUGUGUGUGGUGCUCUGAGUGAUAAUGAUAAAGAGAGAGAGGGAUAAAGAAACCAACACAGCUCUCUCUUUCAUUUGUCAGUAUUGAUUGUUCUUUUAAAAUAUCCAUCUAUCCAGUACAUAUACCUACUUAUCAUUUGCAUUGUUGCAGGACAAAUUAGACCUUGCUUGUUGCUACCAUGUUUAAAAAAUGCUGUAAAAAAAGCCCUCUCAGAUAGGCAAAUAAUUACACAGAGCAUGAUUAAGUGCACCCUUUAGGGUGCCCUUCCAGUGGAGAAAAUGUUGUGCAAUGCCUUGAGGGCUGUCCUGUAAGGAAAUUAGUUCGCUCCAUGUGCCUCUAAACGGUUAAAUAUAUAAUUAAUAGUUCCUUAAUAAAACACCUUGACCUUGACCUUCUGUAUGCUGGGGUCCCACAACAUACAACUGGUGCCGUUUUAAUCUUUUUUGCCCUUGCCCUUCAGACAUCCUAAGUCCACCACUGUUGACCUCAAACAGGGGAACAGUAAAGAGAAGAGAAAACCAAGUGAGUGAAGGAGAAAAUACAGCAAUCCCAUGUACUGGAGCCCUAAAGCAACAGAUUGACACACAAUUAACCAAUACAAACAAGCUCCUGCAGUUAGUGUUAACAGACAAGUUUUCAUCUGCAAUUAAAAGUGAAAAAAUAAAUAAAGAAAUGAAAUAAAAAACAAAUAAUAAUAACAAAAAUACAAUUUAAUGCUGUAAUAACUGAGGUAAGAUUCAGAUUCUUCAGACAAUUAUUUAUUUUUAUCUGUCACACAUUUGGCUCUGUAGGUAUUCCAGUUAAAAGAAAUGGGCAACAGUUUAUUUUGUUGGGAAGAAAGAAGAGAUGCACUUCGUAAUUAUCUCCCAUCAUCAAGCUGGAUUCUAUCACAAUUUAACAUCCACAUUUAACACAAAUUCAAAUUAAUGUGUGUCCAUCUGCUGCUGUUAUGUGAGAAUUAAGAGUUACCUCAUUGAUGCUGUCAGCUGGCGUCACUCAUUCUCUUCUCAGAUGAAAUUAAACCUUUUCAGAAAAAAAGGAGACAAUGACAUGAUAAAAUUAAAGCAGCACCACUCAAUUCUGAGACAAAUAAAAAUAAUGUGGAGAACAUGAUGG